AUUUUGAGCAUUUCGAGCGUUCGGGCGUGAUCGAUUUUACGAUAUCGAAUGGAUCGUCGCGUUCCAUACCCUCUUUCUUCAGCCGACCAAGCUCGGUGAAGGUGCGCGCCAGUACUAGUGCGGUGUCAUAACUCGUCGGAUGUGCGACGACAGUUACGGGCACAUCCACCAGAGAAAUCAUGGAGGUCGAGCUCCGGGUAAAGGAGAACGGGGCUUCCAAACCUACGGAGCAAAAAAUCCCGGAAUGGCUGGACGAGGAUUUCCUCCAGCUGUGCAUGCAAAGCGGCGAGGGUGACCCCACCAUCAGAGUAAUAAACCACACGGUGGUGGUGGUCAGACCGUCUUCCGAUUUACACAGCUCCGCGAUCUAUCGCGUCUCCGUCGAGUUCAAACGGCGUCCUAGAAGCAGAAAUAUCCUAGACUUCAAGCCGCAAGAAACUCGAUGGCUCCUAAUCAAGACGUUGAACACAGAGUCCGAAGAACCAUCUCACACGGAGGACCUGCAGAAAUCGAAGAUUUUCGAUAAGGAAAUAACGGCGCUAUCUACGACGUUACCAGCGAUCACCAAGGCGUUAGGUUUCUUUACUCUGAACGCUCAAUGUUUUUACUCCGAAAGAUCGCCACGUGCUCUGGUGGUUUUGAACGACCUUGCUAAACAUGAUUUUAUCCCGGGGAAGAUGAGACGCCUCCGAGGGCUCGAUUUCAACCACUGCAUGCUGGUGAUGCAGUCGAUGGCGGCCCUUCACGCUGGUUCCAUCGCCGUCUAUGAAAAGGACAAGUCGUCGAUGGACGCCUUUGAGCGUAACGUCUGGUCCGAGGAGGACAACACUCUUGUGAAGGAGUUCGUCGACAGAACGGUUUCGUACAUAGCCGACGAGGUUACUACGUGGCCAAAUUUCGGCAGCAAAUACGCCGACAAAAUACGAGCACUCAAAGACAAUCUCCUGCAACGCGUGAACGCUGCCGUUUCGAAAGAUAAAUCGAUCUUCAACGUCUUGAACCACGGCGACUGCUGGUACAACAACAUCCUCUUUCGAUACAGCACCACCACUGACCGCGUCGAAGAAGUUUCGUUCGUGGAUUUCCAGAGUAGCAUCUUCGCGUCGCCUGUGAUCGACCUGCAGCACUUCCUCUACUCGACCCCGACCGACGAGGUUCGCCUUCAGAAUUUCAACAGGCUGAUACAACACUACCACCGCGAACUGACCUCCAUCCUCGCCAAGCUCAAGGUCCAAACAAAGUCGCCCACGAUGGAGGAGCUCCUCGAAGAGAUGGACAAACACAGCGCCUACGGCGUUCUCGUCGCGUUCACCCUGCUUCCGAUAACCCUCGGCGAGGGAUCCAUCACAUCCGCCAUACUCCGGAAUUCGACCGCACCCUCCGAAAUAAGAAGCAUGCUGUCCGACGAGCAGUUCAGGGCGACCUUCAGAAGACUUAUAACACAUUUCGACAGCAAGGGAUACCUUGACUAGUCGCUGUAUACGACGAAAACACCUGUAAAAUUUACAACUCGCCGUCGGUUUUGGUUCAACUUUGAGAGGGUGGAUAAUCGGACGUGUGCCCCUGUAACCAGACGCAUAUUUUGUGUAUUCUCGAAUGCCUCGCAAAGUUAUACGCGUACACACGCGUCAGUUAUGCGAACGAAGAACGAGCGAAGAUCGUCGAAGGUCGAGUAUCAUCGGGGUUAGUUACGUUACGCGUUGCAUCGGCGGCGUGGUGUGACAGCUGAAUCGAUGGCUGAUCGAAAAUAACGAAGAGUGAUUAAAGUAAAUGCACAAGGUAAAGUUAUAAAAAAUUAGCACCUAAUUCCAUCAGCCAACGACGUGGGCAAACGCUUUCGUCACCGCAGGGGUUCGGAGUGUCCAAAUCUAAUCGUUAUCGACCGAAGUAAUCAGGUGUACCUAUUUGGCUUGAUUACGAAUCGAUACCGUUGAGACUUGGAUAUCGGAAGAUUUGUACCACAUUCCUAUCAAAUCCUCAGCCUAUCGUCGUCCGCGCAACCCGCUCUUUAUCAUCGUUGAUCCACUUUCCCCUCUUUUUUUCCUCAUUAUUAGCAUACACGUGUACGUAUGUACAUGGGUAUACAUAUAGUGCUUGUACUCGAUCCUAUCACGAAUCCUUAAAUUAACACAAAGUCAUCGUACGAUAGAUAAGUUUCAGCCCAUUCAUGUUCAUAAUAUAUUGUUUUAAUUGUCAUCGUCGGGGUCCCAUUAGUUUAAUUCGAUUAUAUAUGUGGAUAUAUGCGGUAUUACAAAUGAUACAAGAUAUUAUCAUAUCAUCAACAUAUGUCGACUUUUGUUGACCCGGAUUUUCCUUAUUGUAAUUAGAUACACGCUACGCACAAAAAUUAAAAAAAGCACUUGUAUUUUGUCGUGAGUCGUCAAACAGCAGAUUUCGCUCGGUAUGAG